AUGCGCAGUCUGGACUAUGCACCGCAAUUUGGUGGAAAGCAUGCUUACUCAAGGUAUCCGUACGGAUACAUCCACCACUGCCACACACCCAGGCUUGACAAACGACCCCAUGAACAAUACAACUAUAGACACAUCAUGCCUCGCCAAGGGGAGGCACAGAACCUUACUGGGAGAAACUUGGUGGUAAGGCAAGGUCUGGUCAGGACACUCCGACUGCAGGUGCUCAUCACCUCCCACCUCCUCCUCGUUUGCCGAAAGCCAACUUUCACACCACCUCUCUGGGCUGAGUUCCACACAAGACCAACCGAAGCCAUCGUCCAGCCAGAUGCUGCAUCGAGCUGCCAGGCGAACCCCACCUUCUCGACCUCUGCAACAUUCGCAAUAGAGCAAUGGGAGCCAUUCACAGGCCUGCCCGUCCAUGUGUGA